AUGGCAGCAUCGCAGAGUUCAAUAUCGAGGGUGCCAUCGAGGUGCACAGAGACGGCGCAGGCCACGGUCGCGUUCGAGAUCGCCGGCUACAGCCUGCAUAAGGGCCUCGGUAGAGGAAAAUACCUCCGUUCCCCGGUGUUCUCCAUCGGCGGCUACGACUGGUGCAUCCAGUACAACCCGGACGGAAAAAACGAGGACUAUGAAGCGCUGGCAAGAGAAACCCACAAAGCUGGGGGUCAGCCGGGGGCGCCGACACUACCUUAUGCAUGCGAAAACCCCACCCGUCGGCGUCUGUCCCCACAUCUCUCUCUCCCCCGUCGUUUUCUCCGCCCCCACCUCCCCUCUUCCCGUCCACUUUUUUCUCUCUCCACGAGCUCGUCGCGGCAGGGCGUGGUCGACAUCGAGCUCGGGCACGGCAGGUGCGUCACUGCCGCCGCCGCGGGGCUCGACAAGGCCAUCCUGGCUGCGUGCCCGGUGAUGGUGUACUCCUCGUCGACCCAACAUCAGGCGUCGGCUACCGAUGAGCGGACUGCAAAGGAGGAGGAGCGCGGGUGCGCGGUGUGCCUGGCGGAGUACGCCAAUGGCGACGAGCUGCGUGUGCUGCCCGGCUGCGCGCACGCGUUCCGCCGGUGGUGCGUCGACCAGUGGCUCCACCAGCCACCAGUCGGCCGCGUGUGGCGGUUCCACCUCGGGGAGGGGCGCGGCAAGGCCAGCCCGCGCCGCUUCUGCGAGGCCCUCUGGAGCUACACCCGCGCCACCAUGCCCGAUGGCGAGGGCAGGACAGCGAGGUUCAUGCAGACCACUGCUGAAACAGAGUUGGUCUACCUGCGGAACGAUUGUCUGGUGAUCGAGUGCGAGAUAUGCCGUAACAUCAGUGUCAUCAAGGAAACACUUGAGAUUGAUUUGCCGCCCUCCGACCUUUUGGAUAAUCUUGCAAUAUUGCUAGAGGGGAAGAAGGGAGCGGGCGUGACUUUCAAGGUGCAAGGGGAGGUUUUUCCAGCUCAUAAGAAUUUGCUUGCGAUGCGAUCGGCGGUCUUUGAUGCGGAGUUCUACGGGCCGAUGGCGGACAAAGGGGCGCAGGACAUAACUAUUGACGACAUGCAACCUGUUGUUUUCAAGGCAUUUCUUCACUUCAUCUACACGGAUUCAUUGCCUUCCAUGGACGAUCUUGAGGAUGAUGACAAAAGAGAAAUGUUUAAGCACUUACUCAUGGCUGCAGACAAGUAUGCGACGGGAAGAAUGAAGAUGAUAUGUGAAGGGAUGUUAUGCAAGUGUCUUGACGUUGAGACCGUGGCGACCAUCUUAGCUCUAGCUGACCAGCAUCAUUGCAGCAACCUCAAGAAUGCUUGCAUUGAAUUUAUGUUCUCUUCGAAUAAAAUGGAUGAUGUGAUCGCAAGCCAAGGGUAUCUGCACCUCAAAAGAUCUUUUCCUGGUCUUUUUGUAGAGAUGUUUGAGAGAAGUGUCAAGUCCCGCAAAAUUUAG